AAUGUCAUGUGAAGUAAUAACAUUGAAAUAAUUGACAAGCACCCUAAGAUUAUAUCGAUCACAUAUUGCAUCGAUAGUAUGUUGAAUGAUAAUCAGUUGAAGAAAUGCAGCGAUAUCAACUUUUCUAUUCUAGAACUUCUCUGUGAUGUUGAUGAGCAGCAGCGUGAUCAAAGGGCUGCUUCAACUCUCGCGAGAAGUGCCUCGGCUCCACGUGAGGAGCCAGUGUUCGGCUCCAACAGCUGAACUCAGGUCGGUGAUUCCUUCCCGCCCCUGCAGCGCCUCCACCGGAGCCGGUCCCUCCCAAACUGCCGCUCGACCAGCCGAAUGUAACCCAGACCUGCUCCGAAGGAUGAAUCAUGGGACGACGUUACUGUGGAAACGACGGUAACUUAUUUUGUUAACCUAGCAUGUUAAACCCAGUUAGCCGAGGUACCGCGGGAGCUUAGCGGGGCUGCGAUGCUACAUUAGCUGCAUGAUAUCGCUCGUCCUCCUCGUAGUGGGAACCUGCUCCAGCCAGAUGCGGGGUAUGGGGUUUUACGUUGCGUGAUGCUAACGGAGCUCUGCCGACAUGAUGCAACAACCAGAGCUAGCGUUAGCCCGUCACAGUUAGCCGGUGAGUUUAUUUAACUUUAAAUGAAGACCGAUAGCUGAGCGGUUCAGUCAUCCGAGAAUCGAGUGUGUUGACCGUUAGCUAACAUCCCACGAUGAUGCUCCAGGACGGAUCCACGCAGCUCCUCUGCCUCACAGCCAGCAGCGGGGUCCCCCUCUUCACGAGGGGAGCCCCCAGACAGCUGCCCUUCUCCGUCAUCGGCUCCCUGAACGGCGUCCACAUGUUUGGAGGCGGCCAAGGGGUCGUGUUGUCCUGCUGCGAGACCGAGGACGGGGGGAAGGUGGUGUGGAGGGUGUUCCAGGACAGCGUGAUGCUCAUCGCGGUGAGUGGAGGCGGCGGCAGCAGCAAAGAGGAGGGGGUUCGCCUGCAACGCCUCCUGGAGGAUGUAUGGAGCUGCAUGGUGCUGGUGCUGGGCCAGGACGAGCUGGCCAACAUGAGGAAUGUGGAGAGGCUGAAGAGGGACCUGCGCUCCUGCUUCAGCCUCAUUGAUCAGCUGCUGGAGGAGAGACAAGAGGGCAUCCUGGGUAACCUGACACACUGCGCUGACUCGCUCCUGCCUCCCAACCCUGCUCUUCUUCAAGAGGCAGUGGAUGGCUUUGCUCAGGCCGCAGACAGCGAGUUUGGUUGCCUCCUCGUCCACGGGCGAGUAGCUGCAGCCACGGAGAAGUGGUGGCGCCUGGCUCCACAGGAAGUCGUGCUGCUCUCUGCUGUGAUCCGGUCCCUCUCGGCCUCUGGAUCAGCUUCUUGUGAUUACCCGGUGUUCCUUCCCCACGGCAGCCCCACUGUGGCUCAUCGCCUGCUCCGCUUCCAGCUGCUUCCCGGGGUAGACGUAUGUGUGCUGUGUGGUCCCACUCCUUCCCUGCACAGAGCUGAGAGUGGGCUGGUGGGGCGUUUCUGGUCACCACUGGUGGAGGCCCUGAGAGACUGCCUGGCCGUCGGAGAGCGCUGCAUACCAGCGUCUGUGUCCCUGCGCCCUGAUGUGCUGGCACUUCUCCUCAUCAACCGUGAAACACGUCGGUCAGUCUCCUGUGUGCGGACUCAUCAUCUGCCCAGUGACCCUCCUUUACCGUCAAAGGCCCGCUGCUGGGAGCUGCUGAAGCUGCUCUACAUCUUCAGCACGACUCGCUACUUCAGCCAGGAGGAAGCAUCGUGCGUCUCCCCAGAGGAGAGGUCUCAGAGAGGGAACACUGAAGACUUUGUCCUCGGAUUCUCACACCAGCCACUACAAUGCUACUUGGUUACAGAAGAAUGUAAAAGCUACGGACUUCAGACAGCACAGCACCAGCUCUUUCUGCUCAUCCCGCCAUCAGUCCCCACCUUCGCUCUGCGUUCCGUGGCCACACAGACUCUCUCUGACAUAGUUGCAGCCACUGGGUUUUAAGUGAAAAGUUUACGUUGCUACAAAGCCUAAGUUUUGGGUAAAUCUAGUACCCUUUGAGCUAAUAAUAUAUCAAUGAAUGGGUGAAUAGCCUUUCAACUGUGAUUUGUAUUCUUUACUGAUAUUUUGUGUUUUCUUUAUGUUGUUACUGAUGACUGCAAACAUAUAAAAUUACACAAUGACAACCACAUCUACAGUAGAGGCAUAUAAAUACCUUCCAUCUGCUCAUCAUUUAUAAAGACAGUGAUUGACAGACUACUAAUCCAUCAGGCUUGUUACUUAUUUAAAAUAAGUUGCAACUUUUUUGCCUAAAAGUAGCAGCCACAAAAUAAGUUGAUUGGUCACUGACUUAGAAGAGGGAGGAUGGUGCUGCUAUCAUUUCAGUGAGUUGGAUUAUGCAGUCAGCUCCAGGUUUUGUUUUCUCACUACAUGAAAACCACUAUUACUUGUGUGCCUGCAGAGGGCACUGUUGCUCAUUAAAACGUCGCAGAGUGUUGCUUUAACGCCAACGAAAACUUGUGAACAAUUGAAAAUGCAAAGACAAAGUUUAACUCCUUUCAGCUUUGUUUGGCAUUCAAGUGAUCACUGUCACUGAUGCAUGUUUAGCUUGGCUUCAAGACUGUUGCCACAGCAAUGAAACCAGAACAGUCUCAGUUUCACGUAAUGUUUUCUUACUGCUGCUAAAUAUUAUCCUUACCUCUAGGAUUGCACUGUACCUCAAAGUGUAUUAGAGAAUCAUGUGAAGGGGUUGCUCUGGGGUAAAACGUGCCUGUUGUUUAUUGUUUGAACAUUUUGAAUUGUUUGGCUCAACAAAAUAGUAUAUAUUUGUCUUUUCUAAUUCUAAUCCUAAAUAUAAUUGGUUGAUUACUUUCUAUGGGUUUUGUAUCAUUAAGGGAUUUAAUCCCAUUUUCUUACUAAUUAUGUGAUAAUGACUGUUUUCACUCUGUGGGUUGAAUGUUUCAUUGCUAAACUAAA